GAGUGGGAAAAGGGCGAUGCUGGAGCCGCCUGGAGUGGCGGGGAGAAAAGCCCGUGGCGCGCGUGCGCCAAUCGGUCCUGCCUGCGAGUGGGUCAAGGUCAACGCAACCAACAACUCAGGGUUGCCCGGGCGACUGCCGCCGGGGAGGCGUUUCCAUUGGCUGCCAUGGUGCCUGUUCGCCACGCGCCGCAUUGAUUGGUCAGUGCGCGGAGGGUCAGCGACAUUUAUAAGCCGCGCCCGGGCGGCAGUGCGGCACACUCCUGCUCUCAGCGGCUGCCGCUGCAGAGUGGGUGUAACCAUGAGGGAUCCCUGCGAGGGUCCUGGGGAGAAGGAAGAGCUGGAGGAAGGGGCGGCGGCCACUGGGCAUCCUGCAGAAGUCCUGGAGGCCAAGUGUUCAGACGUGGAUUCGGACUCUGACCUGGAGACAGAAGGCACCCAUAAGCUUGGAGAACUGGUUAAGGAUACCCUCUACCUGAGGUCUUGCCAGGCCCACAAUGUCGUGCCUGCCUCCUGCUUCCUGCGCCAAGGGAGCGCCCCAGAGCUCAACCUGCGGCACCGUGGUCUGGGUCCCCAGGGGGCCCGGGCUCUGGCUUCCUCACUGAUGUCCAAUCCCUACAUCAAGCGGCUGGACCUUCGGGACAAUGGACUCUGUGGGGCUGGCGCGGAGGCCCUGGCAGAUGCUCUGAGCAAAAACAGCAGCAUCAGUGAUGUGGACCUGUCGGAGAACCAGCUGGGAGCAGUGGGAGCCCAGGCUGUCUGUGCCGCCCUGGUUAUGAACCCAGCCAUUCAGCGGGUUCAGCUGGCAGGGAAUGGUCUGGAGGAACAAGCGGCCCAGUACCUGGCUGAACUCCUACUGGCCAACACAGGCCUGAAAUCCCUGGACCUGAGCUAUAACCAGCUGAAUGACCAAGCAGGGGAAACACUUGGACCAGCCCUGGCAGAAAAUGCAGGACUCACGGAGCUUAACAUGAGCUGGAAUCACCUGCGAGGCUCAGGAGCCGUGGCCUUUGCCAGGGGACUGGAGGCCAGCAUCUUCUUGAGGGUCCUGGACAUCUCAUACAAUGGCUGUGGAGAUCCUGGAGCCUCUGCAGUGGGGGAGGCUCUCAAGACCAAUAACGUGUUGGAGGAGCUCAAUCUUAGCAACAACCGCAUUUCUGCAUUGGGAGCUCUGAGCCUGGGCCAGGGUCUGCAGGUCAACCGGACACUGAGGAUUCUUGUUGUAUCCAGGAAUCCCAUGCGAAGUGAGGGCUGCUCUGCUCUUCUGAAGUCUGUCCGGGCCAACCCAUUGUCUGCCGCAGAACUGCUGGAUUUCUCUGAUAUCCAGGUGAACAGAGAGUUUGAUGACCUUGCCGGUUCACUGAAGCUGAUUCUUCCAAGGCUUUGCAUAAAGACGGCUGCCCACAGAGUGGAGUACAGAAGAGAACUGCUGCCCAUCUUCAGACCAUCUAAAUGAUUGUGGAGUGUGGUUUCCUCACCUCUCCCAUCAGCCACAUCAACUUCCUGAUGCUUUUUAACACUUGAGUCUGCAUGGAGUCCCCAUGGCAACCAGGUGGUAAGUCCCACAGAGGCGGCCUUCAUGGUGACUCAAACAUUUGUACUACUCAGGACCUUCCUUUGCUCUCACUCAUUCAUGUAAGAGAAACUUGUACUAUAGACUACACAAUGAGCUGGGCAUUGGGCCAAGAUGCCCAAGAUCUGGCACAUGAUUAAAAUAUCAGGUGAUGUGCAACCGGCAUUCCCAAACACCACUAUGAAUAAUGCAAACUGACACAGCCUUUUCAGAAGGCAAUUUAUUAUCAAGCACUGAGAACUUAAAACUGCCUGCCUAGGAGUUCCCGUCGUGGCUCAGUGAUUAAUGAAUCCGACUAGGAACCAUGAAGUCACGGGUACGAUCCCUGGCCUUGCUCAGUGGGUUAAGGAUCUGGCGUUGCCGUGAGUUGUGGUGUAGGUUGCAGAUGCGGCUCAGAUCCCGAGUUGCUGUGGCUGUGGUGUAGGCCGGCAUCUACAGCUCUGAUUGGACCCCUAGCCUGGGAACCACCAUAUGCCGCGGGAGCGGCCCUAGAAAAGGCAAAAAGACCAAAAAAAAAAAAAAAUCACAUCGUUUGUCUGGCAGUUCCGCAAAAAGUUAAACCAUAUGGAGCUGACCAUAUGACCCAGAAAUUCCACUUCUAGAGAAAUGAAAACAUGUCCACUCCAAAAACUUGAACACAGAUGUUCAUAAUGGCAUUAGUCAUAAUAUCCAUAAAACGUAA